CGGUCAAUUUGAACGACGAGCCGCUCGAAUUGAGGAUGCCCAAGGUAAUCUCCGCCUACGUCCAGCAGGACGAUCUCCUCUACUCGAUAACAAGAAAUAUCCUCACCGACCCAGUCACCAUCGAGAUCGGCCAGACCUAUGAGCGGAAAUCGAUUCAAGAAUGGCUGGAUCGGGGAAACUCGAGCUGCCCAAUUACCCGCCAGAAACUGACCAUCACUCUGCUUCACAACACCAACUACGUCCUCAAGCGCCUAAUCGCCACCUGGCUCGAACAAAACCCUACCUCUUCUUCCUCUUCCAUUCAAACCCAUCUCCGCUGGCAGAAAUCUGCCACCUCCGCCAUCGGAGAGCCCACCACUCCGUCGUUGUCUCCCAACAGCGUCAUCGUCGCCGCGGCGGCCGUGGACGGGUCCGUUGCCGAGCUACGCCACGCGAUCAACAACCUAUGUAUGUCGGAGAUCCUCGACGAAUCGGAGGCGGCAGUUCUGACCAUCGAGAGGUUGUUGACAUAUGUCGGCGAUCCUCGACGAGUAAACCGUGAAAAUGGCGCCCCUUGGCCCUUCUCCCGUAGGUUAAUUCCCCAUUUGCAAAUCCUGAUCCAGUGUAGGAGACACCCAGAACUUCAUACCGAGGCAAGCAAAUGGUUUUCCAAGCUAGUUCCGUAGUUUAGACUGUGUAAUUGUUUACCCAUAAAAAUUAACCUUGUAC